CAGUGCAACAAGGACAGGGGAACGACAAACAUGUUCCUUUUUAUUGCUUCUAUAAAUUCCUUACACUCCUUACGUUUACUUACAAGUCAUCUUUAAGUACACUUGAAGUUUGAGAAAUGGGUAUCUGCUUUCCAUUUCAUAUUUUCCUUCUCCUCCUACUAACACUCACCAACGCAAAUUUAGAAGGUGAUGCACUGUAUGCAUUGAGAAGAGCAGUGAAUGACCCAGAUAAUGUGUUGCAGAGCUGGGAUCCGACUUUGGUGGAUCCUUGCACUUGGUUUCAUGUCACUUGUGACUCUCAAAAUCGGGUCACCAGACUUAAGAACAUGUUAUGCAGUGAUCUUGGAAAUGCUAAGCUGUCUGGAAAAUUAGUACCUGAGUUGGGGAAGCUUGAGCGUCUUCAGUACCUGGAACUAUACAUGAACAACUUAGUGGGUCCAAUUUCAUCAGAACUUGGAUUUUUAAAGAGUCUAGUGAGUCUUGAUCUUUACCACAAUAACCUCAGUGGCACCAUUCCUCCAUCCCUCUCCAACCUUUCCAAUCUCAGAAUCCUCCGACUCAAUGGGAACAGACUAACAGGAAGAAUACCAAGGGAACUUACCAAGCUUGCAAAUCUCAAGAUUAUUGAUGUGUCCGACAACGAUUUAUGUGGUUAUAUUCCUACCUCCGGCACCUUCUCUAAGUUCACCGAGGAAAGUUUUAAGAAUAACCAAAGAUUAGAAGGGCCUGAGCUAAUGGGAUUUGUGAGAUAUGACGCAGGAGGCUGUAACUAAAAGCAUAUGAGAAGCAGAUAUAUUCCUAGAUCUCUGCAUAGGAAUAUGUAAACAUUUUAAUUAAUAUAAACCCUAGAAGAGCAAAAGUAUAUAUUUAGGGUUGUGUAUGGAGGAUCUCGCUCCAUGUAGUAUAAAUAUCAAUACCCUACGAAUCUACGAUUGCUUUAAUGGGGCAGGGCAUAUACCAAUUGCUGGAAAUUAGGAUUUGGUCUCCAUUUUCUCCUUUGAAGGAGUGAAGUAUUAAGAUGACUUGCGCAGCUAAUUACCUAAAAUUAAUUUCUUUCAGUUGGUGCAUAAUUCUUUUUCUUAGGAAAUUUGAAUGAUUUAUGCAACCAAGCAAUGAAGAAUAUUUAUAUCAAGAGAAACAUUCUAUUA